AUGAGCGUCCUUCCCCAAAAAGUAAGCAUAUUGUCAACCUUCAUCGCUCCCUUCAAGUACCUAAGCCCUGGUGCCACAAAUAUGGAAGAUGAAGACAAUUUAAGUUCCAGCAGUGCAGAAGUGAAGGAAAACCGCAACGUGGGCAACUUGGAGGCAAAGCCACUGCCAUCCAGUGACCACUCAAGAGGAGGUACUUCCAGCAUCAAGAGGAAAAGACCCCUAGAAGAAGGGAACAGUGGUCAUUUCUGCAAACUCCAACUCAUCUGGAAGAAACUCUCAUGGUCGGUGACACCAAAGAACGCCCUGGUCCAACUCCACGAACUGAAACCAGGUUUACAAUAUAAAAUGGUUUCUCAGACAGGACCAGUCCACGCUCCUGUCUUUGCAGUAGCAGUAGAAGUCAAUGGAUUUACCUUUGAAGGCACAGGACCCACAAAAAAGAAAGCCAAGAUGAGGGCAGCAGAGUUAGCCCUGAAGUCUUUUGUCCAGUUUCCCAAUGCGUGUCAAGCACAUUUUGCCAUGGGGAAUGGUAUCAGCCCAUCUACAGACUUUACCUCUGACCAGGCUGACUUCCCAGAUACUCUAUUCAAAGAGUUUGAACCAUCCCCUCCAAGUGAUAACUUUUCCAGCUGCCAUCCCGUCAACACUGAAUUACUCUCAACAGCUUACCGACAGGGGAGGUUACUCUACCACAGGUUGGACUUGAUGGGACAUGCAAAGCCCAAGUCCAAGUCAGCCUUCCAGGGAGAGAGGGAAAAAAACCCAGUGGUAGUGCUGAAUGAACUGCGCUCAGGGCUGAGAUACAUCUGCCUUUCGGAAACAGUGCAGAAGCAGCACGCCAAGAGCUUUGUGAUGGCAGUGAGAGUGGAUGGGAGGACAUUUGAAGGCUCAGGACGUAGCAAGAAGCUGGCCAAGGGUCAAGCAGCCCAGGCUGCUCUUCAGGCCCUCUUUAACAUUCGGCUGCCCAGCCACAUUCCCAGCAGGAGUAAAUGUAACCCUUUGCCACAGGAGUUUGCUGAUUCAGUGUACCAGCUGGUAACACAGAAGUUUCAAGAGUUGACAGACAACCUGACUUCCAUGCAUGCCCGCCACAAAUCUCUGGCAGGAAUUGUCAUGACAAAAGGCUUGGAUGUUAGGCAUGCUCAGGUAAUUGCACUGUCAUCGGGCACCAAGUGCAUAAAUGGAGAAUACAUCAAUGACCAGGGACUCGUGGUCAAUGACUGCCACGCUGAGAUUGUGGCGAGGAGAGCAUUUGUUUACUUCCUCUACUCACAGCUGGAGCUGCACCUCAGCAAACAUCGAGAGGACACAGAACGAUCCAUCUUCAUACAAUUGAAAGAGGGAGGAUAUCGGCUGAAAGAGAACAUCCUAUUUCACCUGUAUGUGAACACCUCUCCCUGCGGAGACGCACGCCUCAACUCUCCCUAUGAAAUCACAACUGACUUGAAUAGCAGCAGACAUAUCGUCAGGAAGUUCCGAGGACACCUACGAACGAAGAUAGAAUCAGGGGAAGGGACCAUCCCCGUCCGGUGUCACAACGCUGUUCAAACAUGGGAUGGUGUGUUGCUAGGCGAACAGCUUGUCACGAUGUCAUGCACAGACAAGAUUGCCAGAUGGAACAUUCUUGGAUUGCAAGGAGCUCUCCUCAGUCACUUCAUUGAGCCUAUCUACUUGCAUAGUAUUGUGGUGGGGAGCCUACAUCACACUGGUCACCUUUCCAGGGUAAUGAGUCACAGAAUAGAAGACAUUGGUCAGCUGCCGACUUCCUACCGGCAUAAUCGGCCCCUCCUCAGUGGAGUGAGUAAUGCUGAGCUGCGCCAGCCAGGAAAAUCUCCCCAAUUCAGCGUGAACUGGAUUAUGGGUAAUGCAGACCUGGAGGUUAUAAAUGCUACCACAGGGAAGAGAAAUUGUGGAAGUUCAUCCCGGCUCUGCAAACAUGUGCUCUCUGCCCGAUGGGCAAAACUGUAUGGAAAGCUGAGCACACGGAUCCCAAGCCAUGGAGAUGCGCCAUCAGUGUACUGCGAAGCCAAACUGGUGGCCCAGACUUACCAGUCUGUUAAACAGCAGCUGUUUAAAGCAUUUCAGAAAGCAGGUCUGGGCACCUGGGUGAGGAAACCCCCAGAGCAAGACCAAUUUCUACUAACUGUAUAAAUCAUUAGACUCCUUUGCUACUCAACCAGAUUGAAACAAGUGGAGAAGGCCAGGGCAGGACAAGUGAGCUAAACAAAGGGAUUGUGCUGAUCAAUUUUCCCUUUUAGGUCCCAGAAAGACAUACAAGCAAAGCGUACUGUAUUUGAAUGAGACCCAAAAAUAUGGCUUUGGAAACCAUCGCUUCUCAUUGCCAACACCCUGCUAUGGUUGUGAAUGCCCAGAUUCCUGUCUGGCAUACGUGAGUGCCACUGAGGGAUGCCAUGUUCCUCCAUGUCUUUCCUUGGAGAUGAUUCUGGGUGUGAUUCCUACCUAGGGUUCUAGGGUAACAGGCACAGUUUAAAAAAAAAGAAGUACCAAACUAAUCCUAGUUGAAACUGAACUCGGGUACCGCCAAUAUCCCCACUCUUCCCCAAACUUUCCAAAUAAGCCAAAAGUGGAGAAGAAAUCCACUUUCUAGCGAGUGCCAUCUCUAUAAUGGUGGAGAUACACAAGACCAAAAGCAAAUUUUCCAAUUAUAGUAUACAAGUCCUCCAUGAACCCUCUUUCACAAUAUAAUUUUAAGUGACUUGUAAAGAUAAAUCUAGCAUAUAGCAUUCAUCUCUAUUUGGUCUGCUCAAAUGCCUGAAAUUCUAUCUUUUGAGAGUCACUGCAUUAAGUUAAAGGCAUCUUCAUGAGGUUUGAAAUAAAAUAAAAAUCCCCCCAAAAGGAAUAAUACAUUAAUCUAAUACCUAUUAACACCCUCACCGUGAUUAGUGUAUCAGAAAACUAAGUUAAUCUUAUAACAGGCAGAGCUGGGACCCAAGAUAGGCAAGUUUGAAGUAUGAAGGAGGGUUCAGAAAAGACUGAGAGCUUGGGAUAUUGUCUUAAGGAACAUAACUUCUUAAGGCAUUUCAAAAUAGAAUAAUUUGGUAGGGAGACUGGCAGGGACAUGGGACGUUGAGUUAUAGGCUCAUGAGCUGCUGCUUAUGUUACUGCUUACCAGAUUUACUCUAUGGAUAAAAUGUCUCAGUUCUGCUAUUAAUUCAACCAUGUGAGCUUGAGCUAGACAUUUCUCUUCUCUUCAUCUCAGUUGCCUGGAAUCUAUAAAAGGAAAAAAAAACAAGUCAUCUCUGAGAUCAUCAGAUGAUCUCUGAGGUCCCUUCAGUCCAAGGGGCAGCACAAGGGCAGCAAAGGAAGGAUGGACACUGAAAGGAGAAGAGUGGAAGUCCUAAAAUGUCAUUUUCACAAGAAUUGCGCACGUCACAAUAAUCUGCUGGAUUGACUCUGGACUUCAGUUCAUUCAAUCAACCACCAUUUAUACUAAGUAUGUCCUAUAUACUAAGACCAGUAACAAAUGCUGAAAAUGCAAAAUCAAAAGCAAAAUGGCUUCUAUUUUCAAGGUACAUUCCUUGGGAGAAAACUUGUUCAACACAGAAGUGAAUUUAAAUGUAUGCAAAGUAAAAACAAAGUAAUAGGGAUGGUGGGUGGUACCUGGGGGGUUAAGAGAAGCUUCAAGAUAGGGGGAAGUGUAAUCAAAACUGGAGCUACAUACAAAUCAAUGGUUGCCUCAUGAUACAGAACCGCCUCCAAACCAAGAAGCAAUCACCCUAUUCCUGGAUCCCAAUGUUUUUCUGAGAGGCUAGAAAUCCAACUAUAACCAUGCAUUUAAUGAUCAUUUACUAAGCACCUAGUCUUUGCUACACAGUUUGACAUUAAGGGCUUACAAAGAUGAGUAAGACAUGGUCUCUGCCCUCAGGGAGCUUGUAGUCUAGUAAGAAAGAUAAAAUGUGUAUGCAAAUAACUAUAAUACACAAUAAGAUUUAGCAAUGCAAUAAAACAGAUAUAACAUGCAAAUGGAAUUUGAAUGAGGUGAUGAUCUCUUCUGGAUGGGAAGAAUUUAUAGAGAAGUUUGGAUUUGAAUUGUGUCUAAAGGUACUAAUGUCCCAUAGACUCAGGGUCACAGGAUUAGAACAUUGUAUCCCACAGUCAUAGACAAUUGCCUAUAUUGCUGAUGCUUAUGACUCUCCAUUUAUGUCUCCAAAGUCCUAUAUGUAUCAAUAACUCACCAUGUGACCUUGAGGAAGUGACCAUUUCUCUGAACAUCAGUUUUCUCAUCUGUAAAAUUUGGACUAAUUGAUCUCAGAGGUCUCUUCCAGGUCUAACAGUUCAUGAUUCUAAAAAGCUUAGAGACUUCUGAGCAGUACACUAAGACAAGGUCUACAUGGCACAGAAGGUUAUGAACGAUUGAUAAUUACAUGGUGAAUUCAGGUAGCCAUCAAUGAUGAUUUUUAUUCCGUCUGGCCUUCAUCCCAUCCCCCAACAUUUGCAGCUUUUAAAACAGAGCUGAUAGAUCUGAGAAUGAGAAAGCAAAAUCAAAUUUUGAAUAAUUCAUCUCCCCAUAAUGAAAAGGAGAAUACAGGAGGGCAAUAAAGUCAAAUGGUCUGCAUUAUCCAUUAUCUUUGCCACCUGAAUUCACCAUUUAAUUUCAUAUCGCUUUGUGCUAACCAUGCCUUGCCAAUGAUAAUGAAUCCAAGUUAUAUGUUUUUAGAGAACAUAGAAAAAAAAAAAAAAAGAUCUUGGUUUCCAGUGCCGAUGCAUUCCUCCUCUGAUCUAUGUGACCUGUUGCUGAAGUCUCCAUAGUACAUUGACAUCUUCCACUUAAUAACAUACACUGAUUCCUUGUCACCAAGGAAAGCAUCCCUCUCAUGCUUUUCCUUGCCAAGUCUAAAAGUCACAAAGCUGGAGGGAUCACUUACAAACCAUUUCACUGUAGCUGAACACAAUGACAAAACAGCACCCCUCAUCUCAGCUUUGUUUGUCUACUCUCAGAACCAUUCCUCGUGGCCAAUGUAUAUUAUCAAGUCUUUUAGAUUUGGUUUUUCCUUUUUCCCCAUAGAAAGAAUUUUGAGAUCUCAAAUUUUUGUUUCCUUUUUUAUUGUAGUGAUUCUCUUCAAAUCUGUAUAUAUACAUAUCUAUGUCAUGCUGCUACUGACUUGUGAUGAGUGUCUUGUUGUUCCUCCAAAAUGUGAAGCUAACUUACUUUUCAAACAUGUAGCUCAUGUUUUUUCCAUAUAAUUUACUUUUUAUGAGGAAAUGUUCUUAUCAAUAAAGUUAAAUUCUUUUUUAAAAAUAUAUACAUAUAUAUAUAUAGCAUUUACCAUGUCUGGAGAGCCAUAUGAAGUAAAGACAUAAUAUACUGAUGCCCAGAAUAGAAUAGUUGCAGUAUUUUGAUGAGCUCCUAUUUUUAGAUUACAAAUUUCAAGCUGUGUCUAUAGUAUUUGUUUUCUAAAAAAGAAAAAAAUUAAAUUCAUUUGAAUUUUAUUGUAAUAAAUAAAUAAGAUGUUUUAGUUUAGGGUAAGAGAGAUUCCUCUUGAAGAAAUCUUGCCAAUAACACAUCCUAUCUGAAUUGCCCAAAAUAAAAAAUAUAACACUUUCUAACCAAAAUUAAUGAAUAAUUAGAAAAAGUCCUUUUGGGGAGGGGCCAGGUGAUAGAGCAAUUCAAUUGCUGUGUUAAUCUUCUUUGGGUUCACUUUAUGCAUCUUUGGUGAGUGUCUGCUGUUUUUCCAGUAGGAUCCAAUGUCUACAUCCCAGAUUACUGCUCAGGAUAAUCCAUUGGUCAAUACAUUUCUUCUGGGAAUCCCUAAAACAGGAGCAUGACCUUAUAGGAAAAAACUAUAUGAGGAGCAGAAAGAGCUCCCGUAGGGGCCUCUGGGAAAUUGUUAGCUUUCUACUACCACCACUGCUUGUAUCUUUUCUCCUUUUCUCUCUUUAUCCUUUUGGUCCAUGAUUCAACUUAAUGGAAACAACACUGGAUCUAGAGUCUGAAGACAAAAGUUUUAUUCCCAGCUCUCCUAAUUACUAGAUGUGUGACCUGAACCUUUCUGAUACUUAGUUUACUCAUCUGUAAAAUAGGACAAUAAAAGUGUACUACCUACCUCACAGGGUUGUUGUGAGGAUCAAACAAGAUAAUUUAAACUGUAAAGUACCAUAUCAAUGUGCCCUUCCAUUUCUUUAUUCUCCUUCCUCUUUCUUUUCCCUCCUCAUGAACUGUUCUAUAUUUUUUUCCUAUAGCCCCUAAGAGGUAUACCCACAAGUGUUUACUAAUUUAGGACUAAAUUCUGCCCUUGAUCCUGUGUACCUAUCCAGCCAGAAAAGCUGGGAUUAACUGGUUCUGGCUGAUCAGAAGACUUAUUUGCAAUGAGACAUUACAAGGGAAGGUAGACUGCAGACAGAAGAUUGAGUAUUCAAAUAAAACAUCUUAAGGCAUCUCCUUAUUUUAAAGUGUGGGAUUCUGAACGAUCCUAUCUAAUAAAAAGACUUGAUGAUGACCCCAUUCCCUUACCUCAUCUCACCUAGACACUAGGUUUCUAACAUUCUUUAGAAUAAGCAGCCACCCCAAACCCAGGAAACCAUAUCCCAGCAGUUAACUGUAAGCAUACAACAUUUUUUGAAGCAAAAGGACCUUACCCAAUAGUAAUUCUUAAACGAAGGUAUGUACAUAAAAGCAUGACUGAAUGGCAAUACUGUACCAAUGGGUGUACAUUUGUAAUAUUUGUAAAAAAAAAAAAAAAACAAAACAAAAAAAAAACAAAACCUAAAACAACAAAACCACAAAGAAACCUGAAUUUACACAUGUGAAUUUGCUGCUAAGUUCUGUAAAUUGCACUUCAGUGAUACCUGAUAAGUGAAUGUUUCUGUUAAGUGAAUAAAAAUCCCAAGUAAAAUUGUUCUUUCCUGGAUUGUGAGGCCUUCUUCAUCUUGGAUGUGUUC